AUGUCUGUAGCGAGCGGUCUUACCUACUUCGAGCAACAUUUUCUUUUUUCGAAUAAAUUUUUUCAAUGUACUAUGGGUUUGAGACCUUAUCAAAGUUCAGAUGAUCUCUUGAUUCAAGUAUGUUCAGUUGUUCUUUAUGGAUUUCCAAUAAUAGCACACCAAUUUUAUCAGCUCGCCAUUUCAGAAGUCCCUCUAGCAAGAACUAUCAAAGUACUGCAAUAUAUGUUCGCAGCUAUAUGUUUUCUGUAUACUUACAUUAUCUUCAACCUGUAUUUUCUUGCAACAAUAACCCCUUGCUUUAUAAGUAUUUUUUCAUAUCAAUUUGGUACAUUGGAAAAUGCUAAUUUAACUUUACCCAUUCCAAUUAAUAAUGUUUUAUACCUUGGACCGAUAUAUUACAGUUUACUUAUUUACCAAGCAACAGGAAUCUAUAUAUUAAUAUCUAUAGCUAUCAUAUGUUUUUCAAUGAAUUUGGUAUUCGUAAAUCACGCGUGUUGUCAAUUAAGAGUUAUAAGAUUAAAAAUUGGACAUCCAUUUCUAAAUCCACAGAAAUUUAAACAAAUUAUGGAUGAAUUUGAUUGGAUCGUGGACAUAAUACAGUGUCAUGAAAGGAUCUUGAGAUAUAUUACAUUGCUCAACUCUUUUUCAAAAAGAAUUCAUAUAGUCGUGAUUUCAUUUGUUAUGAUUUUCAUUAUAUUGGAUUUUUUAUGUAUAUUUCAAUUUUCAUCGAUGGUUCAAAAUAUAAGCCAACUUAUCGAAUGUAGUUCCUACAUUGCAUGCUCUAUAUUUGUUACAUUUGUUAAUUUUUAUAUUGGACAGACGCUUAUAAACCAUAGCGUAAAAGCUCGCGAAGAAUUGUGUAAAAUACCAUUCUAUAAUCUUUCAAUUAGAGUUCAAAAAUUGUUGUUAUUUAUGUUAUUGAGAUGGUCGAAGCCAUGCGUGCUUUCGAUCGGAGAUUUAUUCGUAUCGUCGCAUAAAGCAUUCGUUGGGGUAAGUGGAAAAAGAUAUAUUAUAGAUAUUAAAUCUCAUUAUCUUAAAGAAGAUUCUUUUAUUUUAGUUAUUGCAAAAAGCAUUCUCUUUCGCAUCGGUGUACCGCAAUAUACAUUAACUUUACCUUAUUUAUAUAAAUCUGUGAUAAACGUUGUCUCGACGAAUAUUGAACGUGAAUAA